AUGCUGAGACUGGUGCUGUUGCUCCUGGCCACAGACUUUGCAGCUUCUGAUGACUCUCUGGACUCUUCCGAUUCUCAACUCAUAAAGAGGUCACAAUUCAGAACACCAGACUGUCAUCGUUUUGACUACCCAGUAUGCUCCAAGCACCUCAGCCCUGUGUGCGGAACGGAUAUGAACACUUAUGGGAAUGAAUGCACUCUGUGCAUGAAAAUCAGGGAGGAUGGUAGCCAUAUUAACAUCAUCAAGGACGAGCCAUGCUGAUGGGCAGCUUGCAGGAGAGCAGAUGGAGAACCCCCCUACCUCUCCAGUGCUCCUUGCUAGAAUCCCACUCCUUUUUCUGUUUUCCCCGUUUCUUUGCAUGAUACUUGUUGACAAAACUUCCAUGGGUAGAGGCUGGAAGUGCUUCAUAAACUUAAAACUCCUGUCUUGGGCUUCCAGCCUACAGUUUAUACGACCCAGGCAACUUUUGCCUCCUUAAUUUCAUUGGAAUAAAAUGAGCAUUGAAUUCAA